AUGGUCAGCAAUCGCCUCGACAAGGUGCACAAAAAGAUCACCAAGAAGAAGGGCAAGAACCCUAAUCUCCAUGAAGGCAGCCGCGACACAAAGCGGUUACAGAGCGCAGCGCAGAGAGAUGACAAGCUCAAUCGCCUUACUAAAGUCCGAGAACACCAAAAUCGCCCAUACCUGCUGAGAGUCAAAUCGUUCCAAUCAUAUACCACAGAGCAUGAUUCACCACUCAGCGUAUCAGAAAUCCAGGCUAUGAUCGAGGACUACUUAGGUCGCGAUGACGAAGAGCUGGCAAAACUGAAGGCAGAACGACGCCCGGGACGGCCACCAAGCACACGUCAAAAUCUGUUGGAGAUCAACCAGAAAACAGAGCAAGACGAGUAUGCCUCUGGCUUCUGGGUACCGGACCUUGAGGAUGUUAUCAACCUGAGGAAGUUGAAGGAGUGGAACGGCCAGUGGGCGCAGCUUGCCACACUCAAAUUCUCCAGGAUCUCCAAGGGGGGUUUCAAGAAGGAGUCUAGCUUCCCACCAAAGGGCAUGUCAUGA